AUGCUUUCUGCUGAACCAUCGUCGUCUCCGAUCGCCGCCUUGGCUAUGGAUGGUGGACAUGUUGAUGGGUUACACAAGGGGAAGACGGAGAGUAUUCAAAUACCUCAUGUCAAGACGACUGAGAAGGACGAUGAAUCUAUUGCUUCCGGCUCAACCGACUCUCAGUCUCAGCUCAAGAAGAGACUCAGUGCAGAUAUGUCGAAAGAACAAGUUGAAGAUCUGGUGCGGAAGUUGACCAUCGAUGAGAUGAAGACAAGAUGGUUUGACGAGAUCUUUGAAAAGGUCAAGUCUGAGCUGGUUGAGGAGCAUUCACCAGCAGAUACACCUUCAUCUUCAGAACCUCCAAGCCCCAGAUCAGACCCUGCCAAGCCUGCUUCUCACGAAUCAACUCCCCGAGAGUCUGUUCGCGAAGAGCCGAAGAAGCAUGAAUCAGCGUCUUCCUCCUUCGAUUCCAAGAACAAGUCUCACAACAAUCCUUCCUCCAGCCGCAGCUCCCUCGGUAGCCCUACCACAUCUUACAUCUCCGACUCUGCCUCUUCCCGUGCCUCCAAUCGUCCUUCACCACCGAAGCCAGCUAUCAAAGAAUCCUCACCUCCAGCUCCGAAGCCUCGACCAUGUGUACGAUUCUCCAAAGCUCCAAUCAUCUUGAAUGAAGGCCCCGAACGUCGACACUCUGAACCACGGCCAGCAUCACGACCUGCGCCGCCUCCAGAGCCGGUGAAACAAGGUCCAGCACUAUCAGCUGUUGACCUGAAAUGGGGUACACUUUUCGAUGAUAGAGGCGAGCCGACUAAGAGACUUGGUCAGGUUCUCAGAGGAAUCGCCAACUAUUUGAUCUCUGAAUACAGCCCUCACAACUCACUUGUCGUCACUCCAGAAAAGCUCAAUGCAUUCUAUCUCGAAUACAAGCUUGACACAGAGACGUUUCCCUUUCAGCAAAUCUUUGACUGUCGACCACACGGAGCUCUUGAUAACCUAGAAACACUCUAUCAACACCUCCGAUGUGAGAAUCACCUCAUCCAAAGACGCCCUGGAGGCAUGCCACACAUCCCAUCCCUCACGCCCGCUGGUUUCGAGCGUUGGAUGACAUGUCAGCUCCGUGCAUUCCCAGAUCAAGAAGCCAAGCGUCUUAACCACAUCAUGACCGAUCUUCCCAUCACAGCUGAUGGCGUUCUUGUCGAUGACAAACCAGAGCGUUUACCGAAGCAGAUUUCUCGACACCUUCUCCCGGCAACUCGACAUCGAGAGACUCAUGAUCUUGUGGUUGAUGCUAUUGCGGGAUGGAUUAAACAUACUGAAGAGAACGAGUCUGAUUACAGACGUACUUCUUCUGAGGAUGUUUAUAAGAUUAAGGAGGAGAAGUUGGGACGGUAUAGACCUGAUGACUAUCGAGAGCGUGAGAAGUAUCGACGAGGAUCUAAGGAUAACCACAGACAAUCGCCAUUAUCCUCCUCCAGCCGUUUUGUCUCCCGCGUCGGUUCAGACAGCACCAUCCGUCCCUCAAAGGACUCCCCUGUAUCUUCCAGCUCAAGCCACAGAGCCAGAAGUCCUGUGUCAAACCGUUAUCGUCACUCGGCAUCUGCCAUCGACAGCAGCUCCAGCACUGUCGAUGCCUACGAUAUACCCUCAUCCAGUCAUCGCAACAGCCAUCCCGCCAGCAGCAGCCGACGCAGUCGGGACAAAGAGUAUAGAUACUCUUCAAGCCCCAAGUCAAAGUCUCCGAUUGAAGCAACUCCACGAAUUCUGCCCCGUCGAGAUGCUGAUCGUCGAUCAAGCUUGAUCUUUGAAGAGACGGGUAAGGAUCCUAGUGGCAUAACUUACGAUGAGUAUCUACGGAUGAAUCAACGACCGAUGAGAAAUGCCGUCGUAGAUGAUGGUGGACACUAUCGCACUACUUACUGAAAAGCAAAAAAUCUUCAUGAACAUCUUUUUUAUUUUAUUUUUCUUUUUC